AUGGUAGACUCAAUUGUUUUGGUGAGUUUAGUACUUGUUGUGGUACUCAGAGUGAUACAAUGGGUUUCCCAUUAUAAAGACUACGUGAUAGACUCAAUUUGGUCGAAGCCCGGAGCUUUAAAACUGCGCGAGUUGUCUCGCAAGCUCCAUGGUCUCAAGACAGAACAGAGAUCUAUCAGCGCUCAGGACGAGUACGCGAGAUGGACCAAGCUGAAUAGGCAGAUAUUACAGCUCGAAACACAGGUCAAAGAUGCGCAACAACAACUGAAACAGAUGCGACAAACCGGAGAAAAAUCGCUUUCGAGACUGCGUCUGGUGAUGCUGACAGCGCCGUUGCUGCUGCUCAGGUUUUGGAAGGGCAAAACAGUCGUUUUCAGCGUGCCUCAGGGCAUGUUUCCCCGUUUCGUCGAGACCGUUUUGUCGCAGGGCUGGGCUGCAAUGGCAUUGGCGCCCGUGAGAUACGUGUGGGCGCCAGGCGCUUUCAAACCGUUGCAAAUUGAGACGCCAGUGUGUCUUGGGAUUUGGAUCUGGGCGCUCACCAGGGUUCUUGACACCGUGGAAUUCGUGGCUCGUAGCUUGACUGCUUGA